UCGACGAUGCAAGCGAUAAAAUUUGAUAAAUAUUGCAUCAGGAAAUUAAUUCGAGAAUGAAAGAGUUGACCACACGAUAACGAAAAUACAGAGAGAAAGAGAGAGAGUGAGACAGACGGAUAUGUAAAGAAGGUUGAGGUUAUGUUUGAAGAGUUCGUGGUAUGACCACUAGGCGGAAACGUCAGGUGUCAGUUGGUUGGUACUUUUUUUAAUGUCGUAAAGUAUCGUCUUCGCGGCACGGUUCGGGUACGGGGGGUACAGGCAAGAACCUUUUCUGCAGCAAGGAAGAGGUUAAGCUUUGAUAAUCGGGGUCAGAAAUGGCAGCGAUCAAAGGUUUGGGGCGAAACAUCCCCUACCUAAGACAACAAUUUGCGGCGUUACUCGGUAACACGAGUACCAGCGUUAAAUUCAUAUGUGUCGUUGUGCUAUUCUCCUAUUGCCUCUCCUUUAUGGAGCAGGCUGUACUGACGCUAAGUGUCACACCAGGUUAUCUUUUACCUCCGGCUUUUUGGAUAUGGACAGCCUUCACCUUUUGCUUCCUUGAAAUACACUUUUGGGAAGUUUGUGUGGAUGUUGUCACUGUUGGACUUUGCGGCAAGCUCAUCGAGCCACUUUGGGGAGCCAUGGAAAUGAUGACUUUCUUCGCUGUUGUUAAUUUUGGUGUCGCUGUACUUUCUACCUUGUUUUACUUGUUCCUUUAUAUGUGCACUAGCAAUCCUGAAUUACUAUUUGACAUUCAUAUCCAUGGUCUCACCGGUUACAUAGCAGGUGUCAGUGUUGCAGUGAAACAAAUUAUGCCUGAUCACAUAAUAAUAAAAACACCAUUGGGAAAAAUGACCAAUAGAAAUAUUCCAAUGAUCGUGUGGAUGAUGAGUCUCAUGCUCUGGGUAGUUGGACUUCUAGAAGGCACACAUCCUACAAUGUUUCUUAGUGGCGUCAUUAUAUCAUGGGUCUACCUGAGAUUUUAUCAAAGGCAUAAUAAUGGUACUCGGGGCGAUAUGGCUGAUAAUUUUACAUUUGCCAGCUUCUUUCCAAAUGUUUUACAACCGCCGAUCGCAGUCGUAAGCAAUACUGUGCACGGAUUCUUUGUACGCAUUGGACUGUGUAAGAAGAUCGUCCGAAGAUUCGACAUGUCAAACGCACCACCAGGUCUAGUCAUAAAUCUGCCUGGUAUAGACCCUCAGGACAGCGAAAGACGAAGACAAAUAGCGUUGAAAGCAUUGAGCGAGAGGCUUAGCAAAGAUCACGCAAAGCCUUGGCAGUACGAUAGAAGUAAGAAACAUUCGCCGAUACCACCCGCAGUUUCGAUACCAAUUCCUGAAUCGAGUACACCUAAACCUCUCACAUCUCCCUUAAUCCCCCAAAUGAACGUAAACAUUCACAGUCAUCCGUCCACCAGUACGUGAUUAUUUUUGAUGAAAUAAAAAUGAAUAAAACAUCCAGAAUUCAUACGAAAUAUUGAUUAAAAAUAAUAAAAUGAAAAAACACAUGAAAACAAGAUCAUUAAGUCCGCGUAAAGGAAAACACUUUGAGGAGCUUCGAAAGAUAAUAAACAACCACGAUGAGAAAGACUCCUGAUUAAACUGGAUUUACUCGUGGCGAUAAAUGAGAUAGGACGAUUGCAAGACUGCUUUCAUUUUUGCAGAUUAUGCCUCUAAAAAACAAAAGCAAAACAACAAUAACACCCCGAAUCAAACAUCAAACAUUUGAAUGCCAACUACAUUUUUUUCUCUCUGCCAGCUCAAAGUAUCACAUUGAUGUUUACGAACCUUCAAUGAGCUCUGAACAACAAGAAAUAAUUUGUCAAUUGAGCUGUUUCUUUAUUUUGACCUGUCACGGUAUAUCAAAUUCAUGAUUCAUACCACUUUGAAUUUUCCAAACGGUUCAAGAUUGCGUCAUCUUUGCAAUAUAAUUAUGGCUAUCCAACACGAUUCCUCUACACUCAUUCUUAAUCCACGUAAAAUUCCGUCAAAAUACAGAGCUAUUGCGUUGAAUUUGAUGUUCCUCAAUGCUAUUGGUUCUUCGCAACCGUCAUCUUGUUUGGAGCCUACAAAUUUGUCUUUAUUGUCGCCCAAUCGUUUUGAUUUCGUUUAUUUAUUGACCAGCUCGGCUAUUUGUAAAAAUACUAUUUUCUAUAAUUACGGUAUAUUUUUUUUUCUCAAACUUCGCAUAAUUGUCUGAAGAGUGAAUGAUUUACUUGUUAUGGGUCUUUCAAAAAUAUUAUGCGUUUGAGAUUACCGUAUUAUUACUGUUAUUUAAGCAUAGAAUAGACAAACGGUUUUGUCAUGAUGAAUGGAGGCAUAACAAUCAUAAUGUUAAAAUAUAUUGAAAUCAAGAUCUAUGAAAUUGUAGGCGAUGCAUUUUUAUAAAAUAAAACACGUUUGAAGAAUA